AUGAAGCUCUUCCACCUCGCCGCCUGCUUCCUCCCCCUCGUUCUCGCUCAGGACUCCUCCCGCUCUGUUUCAGCAACCUCCCCUUCGGCUGCUCCCUCCAACUCGACCAACGCGAAUCAGACGGUCAUCACUACUACCAUCACCUCCCUUGUCACCUCCGGCUCUGCCUCUCCCUCACCUACCGCGAUUGUCCUCACUUUGACGCUCAACUCUACCGCUUCUUCCCCUUCGAAUUCCUCUCUUGCCAACUCGACGAUCAGCGCCAAUGGCACAGUCAUCAACGGGACAGCGGCGAACGCUACGGCGGAGUGGAAGGAGGGGGACGAUUGGAUACCGUUUGGUAUCCCCAUCGACCCGGCUUAUGGGGUGCUGGGGGCGCUGUUGAUCCUUACGGGCAUUCCUGUGGCGGUUCUGGGCGGGAAGAAUCGAUGGUCAAGCUUGGCAAUAGCGUUCGGCUACUCCCUUGGCCUCUUCACACUAGUCAUGAUCCUUCGGUUUGGCGUCGAACCCAGUAUUCAACCUCCCUCCCCGAAUCCACCCUCCCAAACCCUUCGAGGGCUCUACCUCCUCGCCUGCAUCGUGGCCUCCAUCAUCGGCGGCGGAAUCGGCGUCUUCCUCUGGAAACUCGCGAAAUACUGGGUUUCCGCUUCGGGCGGCUUUGCUUUCGGAUGGUUCCUCCUCGCUCUCCGACCUGGCGGACUUAUCACGAAUGUGCUCGGUCGGUGGGGGUUGUUGGGCGGGUUGACGGUUGGCGCGUUUGUGGCGAGUCUGCCGGAGGCGCUCAAUCCGUGGACGAUGUUGUUGGGGACGGCGUGGAUCGGGGCGACGGCGUUCAUGUUGGGUGUGGAUUGUUAUACAAGGGCUGGGCUGAAAGAGUUCUAUGUCCACAAUUUGGGCUUCUUCGAUCUAUACCCGGAACUCAAGGGCGCCAAGUACCCCUUGACACAAACGAUGUCAAUCGAGCUGGGCAUUCUCGGUGCUGUCAUUGUCGUCGGCGCAGCUAUCCAGUUCCGCGUCCUCAACAUCCUGCAAAAACGCAUCAAGCAGCUCAAAGAGGACGAGGAGGCCCGCGAGGACAGUGCGGAGGUUUCGAAAGCCGCGGAACGUUUCAAAAACCUUGAGACGGAACAAACGGAGUGGGAGGAGAAGUACGGUUCUGGCUCGGGCUCGGGCAAGGGUCCAGGCAGCCCCGAAAUCCCACUCGACACGCCCAACGGUACAUCCGCGCUCCCGCAGCUGGAAUUCGACCCCCGGCGGGCCAGCAGCCAACUCAGCCUGCUCAGUCAAAAGGAGAAGGGCCGGUAUGAGACUUCUUUGCACUCGCCGGGCCUGGGGGACAUGCGUGUCCCUAGUCCAGACGGGAGGGAGGUGAUGCGGGAUCGCGAGGAGCUAGCGAGUCCUUUUGCUGGCGGAGCGAGGUCGGGGUCGGCGAUGGGCGGGUCGAUACGCGGUGACGUGGCCCUAGGCGGAGACGACGAGAUUGAGAGCAAGAUGAAGCUGUUGGAUGAGGUUCGGCAGGCUCGACUGUCGAUCCGCUCAAGCCUGGACCACCUCAACCUCCGGAGUCAGACACCUACCGUCCCCGGCGCAGCGUCGGCUUCUACCACACCCACGUCGAGUCACUUUGACCCGCACAUCCGCCGCAAUUCGGGAGCUAGCUCGAGGAUGCUAGAGCCAACGCGCAUCAUCUCCCCGACUCUCCCUUCGCCCGCCUCUCUCGGUCCGGUGGACUCGAGGCGGCCCAUGUCUACUCGCCAGCUAUCGCAUGACGCCAUCUACGAAACGCCUGAAAUCGACUACGGAGCGGAUCGUCGGGAUCGUACCACCAGUAUGCUCGAGACGCGCACGUCGGACUUCGGGCCUCACCCGCCACACCGUCAGUCCAUGCAUGACACGUACCCCCUGGGUGAACCUCUUCGGCGGACCGAGUCCGCCCACGCCACGGUGAAUCCCGCCAACGGAAUGUCGCGCCCCACCUCCUCCUAUGACCUCCCUCGGCAAUACGAUACCACCCCGCACCACCGCUUAUCCACCCUGUCUACAGGUCCGGGCGUCAUCACCGGCUCCGCGUCGCAAGCGUUCAACGGCACGUCGAGGCCGGCGAGCAUGCAGCGGACGAUGACGUAUGAGGAACUGGCGGAUAGGCACCGGAAGAGGAUCUCCAAGUUGCAAGAUCCGGUAUCGAGCAAGAUGAAGGAGGAAGUUGCACUGGCGGAGGCGAAAGAGAAGUGGGAGCGGCAGAAACGGGCAGAAAAGGUGGAGAUGAGGCGGAGGGAGGCGGAAGGGAUGUUGAAGCAGAAGGAGGGAGAACGGGUGACGCCGGGCCCAGUGUGGGGCAGGGGUGAUGGGGCGAAGAAGGCGGAAGAGUGGAGGAGGAGCGUUCACACCGAUUUGAACAUGGCUGGGCAGACUGGGCAGCCCCAAAGGGCGUCAAAGGGCCCGGGGCAGAUGGGGCAGGGUGAGCAGCCGGUGGGGAUGGCAGGGAGGAACUCGAGGAGGAUGAGCUCGCAUCUCGCCAACUAG